AUGUCGUCCAAGCCGUGGGGGGCCUUACCCAUCGUCCGGAUCAACACCAUAAUGAAGAGCUCCUCCGAUGCGGAGAAUAUCAGUCGGGAGUCGUCGUUAAUGAUGGCGAAAGCCGCCGAACUAUUUAUUAAAAUGUUGGCCCAGGAGGGCUUUAAAUUAUCAACAGGGAAAAAACUCGAUUAUAAACAUUUAGCUGAAGUUGUCAAUCGGGACGAGAAAUACGAAUUUUUGCAAGACAUCAUGCCGAAGAAAAUCACGUAUGCUGAGUACAAGAAAAUGCAAGAGGGCCAACUCAACGGCGAUGAAAAUCACCAAGAGACCUCCACCGACGAAUCUAGUAACAAUUCAAACAGUGAAUAA